UAUGGCGAGCACCAGUCUGCAGAAUCUGAAAAGCUCACAUCGACAGUGCCUCAAGUGCUCAUCGAUAAACUGCAACCGGGGACGGAGUACGAGGUUGCUGUCAAGGUGAUGAUGCCGGGUGGCAUGGAAUCCGCGUGGAGCCUUCGAGAAAUUGUCCGCACCUCCCCAUACGUACUGCCAAUGCAGCAGCAGUCAGAUUCGUUCGAAUUGCGAUGCAGUUUCGAAGAGGCGACACAAUGCGCUUUCGAAUCCGAUCCGCUGGCUCCACUACAGUGGACACGUAUUCGGAGCGAUAGCUAUGCGAAGCACCGAACAGUUGGCCACUCAAAAGGAGAGUAUUUCAUAAGUUUGCAAUCAACGGCAAUGGAUGAGAAUUAUGGCCGACUAAUAUCAACACCUUUCACAUUUGUCGGUGAUCCUAAUUAUUGCCUCAGCGUAUGGAUGCAUAUCACAGAACACAGCAAAGGUUGGUGUCAGUCUCGCUCUAUGGAGUGCUUUGCAACUGUAUUCCAUAAGAACUGCAUUCCACAAUUAAGUCAGGAAAGUCAAACUCGUCUCCGUGAUUCAUUAUAUAAGUGA